AUGCUUGCAGAAUAUCUGUCACAUUCCUACAGUGAAGUCGAAGUCAGACCAAAUUGUGAAACCAAUACCAUCCCAGUGCCAGAUCAAUGUAACCGAAGAACGAGGAUAUAUCACAUCCGUAACAGUUUUCUGCAGCAGGAAGAGUAUCGGUUAACCACGUUCAGCGAACAUGAGAUAUCUCCCAUCGAUACCACUAUAGUAUACAGGGACAUGCCGGGUAAGCCAACUGGAAAUGUUUCCCAUUGUUCAAGGCAAUAUCUUAGCCAGGUUACCGGGUCUCGCAAUUGGAUAUCUAGCGACAUACCUUGGAAGGAACACGCUAGAUGGUAUCCUAAAUGCAGAUUUGUCUUAUUGAAGAAAGGCCAGGACUAUAUCAAUGAAGUCCAGCGAGAAUAUUCACCGUACACCCGCACAGCGAGUACUGUAUAUUCGGGUAUCGAUAAGGCUGCUUCCGGUAGCAAGCCUUGCCUUGAAGAUGUUAUACAGAGAAUGAGCGUAACAGAGAAUCGGGUCGCAGAUAAUCGUUCUGAGAGUACAGAGCGUGAGCCGUCAUAUGACGAACAGAUGAAAGAAGAACUCGAACGGAUGCGUGAAGAUCGCACAUGUAAAGUGUGCAUGGACAGUGAAAUAGCUAUAGUGUUUCUUCCGUGCUCGCAUAUGGUUACGUGCGUUUCCUGUGCUGUAUCCCUGAGACAGUGCCCCAUCUGUAGAAGAGACAUCAAACAUGUGUGCAGAGCUAUUGUAUCCUAA